CUUCUUAGUUACUCACUAAGCUCCACGAAAACAUUGGUAUCUAUUCAAGAAACAUAAAUCUUUCAAUAGUUUGCAUUGUACUAAAACAAUUGUUGAUAAUCUGGUCAUAAAUCCUCCAUAGAGAAAUACUGAAAAAAUGGCUCAAAUUGAACGUGGAAGAACAGCAGAGGAGAGGGCCAUUGAUGAAUGGCUCCCGAUAACUGCCUCCCGGACAGCAAAAUGGUGGCACUCAGCCUUCCAUAAUGUAACCGCCAUGGUCGGAGCUGGAGUCCUCAGCCUCCCAUAUGCCAUAUCAAAUAUGGGAUGGGGGCCUGGUGUGGUAAUCUUGAUAUUAUCAUGGAGCAUCACCCUUUUCACCCUCUGGCAAAUGGUCGAAUUGCACGAGUCGGUUCCUGGGAAGAGAUUUGACAGGUACCACGAGCUAGGCCAAUAUGCAUUUGGACACAAACUUGGGCUUUACAUUGUUGUGCCUCAACAAGUUGUGGUUGAAGUUAGCACAUGUAUCAUAUACAUGGUCACAGGAGGAAAAUCCCUGAAGAAGUUCCACGAGCUGGUCUGUCCCGAUUGCAACGAGAUCAGGCUCACAUACUUCAUCCUCAUCUUCGCCUCUGUCCACUUUGUUCUGUCUCAUCUCCCCAACUUCCACUCCAUUACCAUCAUCUCCCUUGCUGCAGCCGUCAUGUCUCUACUAUAUUCAACUAUUGCUUGGACGGCUUCACUUGCAGAGGGGCCUAGGCCAAAUGUGAGCUAUGAGCUGAAAGGGCGGAGCACCUCAGCUAACGUUCUGAACUUCUUUAGCGCGUUGGGGGAUAUAGCUUUCGCGUAUGCUGGACAUAACGUGGUGUUAGAGAUUCAAGCCACUAUUCCUUCGACUCCUGAGAAACCGUCCAAGAAACCUAUGUGGAAGGGGGUUGUGUUUGCUUACAUUAUUGUGGCUAUAUGUUAUCUUCCCAUCUCAUUAGCUUGUUAUUAUGUAUUUGGGAACUCAGUGGACGACAACGUCUUGCUCACACUCCAGAAACCUACCUGGCUCAUUGCAGCUGCUAACAUAUUUGUCUUGGUACAUGUCAUUGGAAGUUACCAGGUAUACGCGAUGCCUGUGUUUGACAUGAUGGAGACAUUCUUGGUUAAGAAGAUGAAGUUCAGCCCUUCAUUCUUGCUUCGUUUCACGACUCGAACAUUGUAUGUUGCAAUAACCAUGUUUCUUGGCAUGACAUUCCCCUUCUUUGGUGGUUUACUUGGAUUCUUUGGAGGAUUUGCUUUGGCCCCAACAACAUACUAUCUUCCUUGCAUUAUUUGGCUCAUUAUCCGAAAACCCAGAAAAUUUAGCCUCUCCUGGUGGAUAAAUUGGAUAUUGAUAGUUAUUGGGAUUGUAUUGAUGAUUUUGGCACCCAUUGGAGGACUAAGGAACAUCAUUAUAUCAGCCAAGACAUACAAAUUCUACCAGUGACUCCAGAUGGAGGACAGAAACAAAUUAACUGUAGAAAUUGAUAGUGAAGAAGGAGAUUAGUCGUGACCAGCAUGCUCUUUUUUCUUUUUUUUUUUAAUGAAAUUCCUGAUAUUAGAUUUUGUCUCAGUUAUAACCAAACAUAGUUACUGGUAGCAUUAACAAAAUGGAAUACUACUAGUACGCUGGUAGUGUAAGAUAAUCUUUACUUCUCAGGCUUUCGUUGUACAGGCACUCACUGUAAAUAACGCCUAAUUUCAAUUUUUCACUUGAUGCAAAAACCUCUUGAGAAUGUUCAAAAUGUACCAUAGGGGGCAACAUUGGCACACAAUGGACCUGUUUUCACCAAACCUUCUUAAGAGCAACUUUGGGGUAGAGAGUGAUGCAUGUCAGUCUUUUCUACUGAAACCCAAUGGAAACACACUCUAUUACAAGAUUGAUAAUCAUUGAAGAUAUUCCACCACAAGAUUCAGUGGAGUAACAGGGGAAAGAACAUCACUGAGAUGGGAUAAUUGCUGUCAUUCAUUUUCCUAUCACCGAUUCACAAUAUUCAGGUAUAUAUGAUCUUGGAAACAUCAAUUAGAGGUUUCAAACCUACUUGCACUACCUGUUCUUGGUGAAAUCAAACUUUGGUAUAUAUCAUAUGAAAUCUGACUUAACUACAUUAUUUCAGAACUA